CGAGUUAAUCUUAGAUCGCGGCUCUGUGGAACGUGCACGCACUACCAGGCUUUAUAAUUUGUCUGUGGGAAAAUGCACGUGUAUGAACAUUCGGUGGGGUCUGGGAGUAAGGGUAAAGCUGCAGGGGCAGUCGGAGCUCCCUUUUCCUUUCUCAGAACUUGGCUUUCUGGAGUUAGCGUUCAGGCAUGCAGCUUGCCCUUUGAAUCGUAGAGUAGUCGCCAGCACCUUAGGUCUUUUGGCGAGCGCAAGAUCUGGAGGCGUGGAGUUUGACAACCCGUAUUAAACGCUGUUUCUUCGCAGCCAAUGAAAGGACCUGUUGGAUUAGACACUCCCACUGAUACCAUGUGGGCCGGAACUAUGUGGACCAAUGAGGAUUGGAGGUGGAUUUUAUUUUUUCGGGGGAUGGAGAGGUAGAGUUGAGGAUUUCUAAUUAAUGUAUAGAGCAAAAAGCUGAAAUGCAUUAUUUCACAAUCUAAAGCUUGCACAUAUAAAGUUAGUUUGUAGAGAGUAUCUUCCUUGCAGGAUGUUCUAGGAUGUAAACUUGUAGAUCGAAUUGAGAACUGACUGUUUUUUCCUGUCUGCGCCGAACCUCAUUCAACUGGUUACUUCUUUCUGGACGUCUUAAAUGAAGCUUAUAAAUGGCAAAAAGCAAACAUUCCCGUGGUUUGGCAUGGAUAUCGGUGGGACACUGGUUAAAUUGGUCUACUUCGAACCGAAGGAUAUUACAGCCGAAGAGGAACAAGAGGAAGUAGAGAACCUUAAGAGCAUCAGGAAGUAUUUGACUUCUAAUACUGCUUAUGGGAAAACCGGGAUCCGAGAUGUCCACCUGGAACUGAAAAACUUGACCAUGUGUGGGCGCAAAGGGAACCUGCACUUCAUCCGCUUCCCCAGCUGUGCUAUGCACACAUUCAUUCAGAUGGGCAGUGAGAAGAACUUCUCCAGCCUUCACACCACUCUCUGUGCCACAGGAGGCGGGGCUUUCAAGUUUGAAGAGGACUUCAGAACGAUUGCUAACCUGCAGCUCAAUAAACUGGACGAACUGGACUGUCUGAUUCAGGGCCUGCUCUACGUUGACUCCGUUGGCUUCAAUGGCAAGCCGGAAUGUUACUAUUUUGAAAAUCCCACAAAUCCUGAAUUGUGUCAAAAAAAGCCGUACUGCCUUGAUAACCCAUACCCCAUGCUGCUGGUAAACAUGGGCUCAGGUGUCAGCAUCCUAGCAGUCUACUCCAAGGACAACUAUAAAAGAGUUACAGGGACCAGUCUUGGAGGUGGAACAUUCCUAGGCCUAUGUUGCUUGCUGACUGGUUGUGAGACCUUUGAAGAAGCUCUGGAAAUGGCAGCUAAAGGCGACAGCACCAAUGUUGAUAAGCUGGUGAAGGACAUUUACGGAGGAGACUAUGAACGAUUUGGCCUUCAAGGAUCUGCUGUAGCAUCAAGCUUUGGCAACAUGAUGAGUAAGGAAAAGCGAGAAUCCAUCAGCAAGGAGGACCUCGCCCGAGCCACACUGGUCACCAUCACCAACAACAUCGGCUCCAUUGCUCGGAUGUGUGCGUUGAACGAGAAUAUUGACAGAGUUGUGUUUGCUGGGAAUUUUCUCAGAAUCAAUAUGGUCUCCAUGAAGCUGCUAGCAUAUGCCAUGGAUUUUUGGUCCAAAGGACAGCUAAAAGCUCUGUUUCUGGAACAUGAGGGUUACUUUGGAGCUGUUGGGGCACUGUUGGAACUGUUCAAAAUGACUGAUGACCAGUAGAGAUGAGCCAUAGAUGGAACAGCCUUCUGUGAUAACAGAGACCUGAAAACUGCUGCUAGAGAAGGUGAAAGCCACUGUGGGGACAGAAGCCAAGCCAUUCAUGGCAGAUGCACCUGCUGGAUUUGUAAAUAAUUUAAAAUCCUUCGAGCUGAUCUUUUACUCUUGAGUCUUGAGCUUAUGAUUCAAAAUGGGGAAUACAAGAGUUUUUUCUGUAUACUGUAUUUUUAAAAACAAACAAAACAUUUGUGCAGCGUGGCCAAACCUACCAAUUUUUGCAUUAACUUUGAAAAGUUGUAUGAUGUUUAAAAAGGACCUGAAAUGUAAGUGCUGUUUAUUUUUCUUCUGGGGUUUACUGAUCAGUGUGGUGAUUUUAAAUUUGUUUAGUAAUUACUCUAGGAGAUUUUACCUUUACUUAUAUUUUUCAUGACGUUUCAUGAUUUGCUGUUGGUUUCAAAUGAAACUACAAAUCUGGCAUGUUUUACUGUGAACACUAUUUUGUUUGUUUGUUUACCUUUUUUGUCUUUUUUUUUUUUUCUGGUUGAAUGUCUUGUGGGAAAAGAGUCUUUCCCUCUGUCUGUUCUUGGAUGACUCCUCCUCCCUACCAUACCUUCCUUUCAUAUAAUUGUUCAUAUUACUCAAGGUGCUGUCCAACUCUAUACAAAGUUAAGUACGAGAUCUCAAAAGCUCUCAAAAAUGCUCUUGAGGGGAAAACUCUGAAAGUGCUCAUGAAUUUAAUGAGUCUGGAGAAAGUUGAAAAUUAUAUGCAAUUUUGUAUUAUCCCUUAUGGAUAUGCAGUGUUUUGUUGGGGUUAUUUUAUGUUAAAUUGAAAUGUUCUAUGAUGAAAUGUCCACAUCCAUGCACAGCAUAUGAAUGGCAGCAAAUCCUGUGCAGGACAUUGAAAUUUACAGGGCAAAGUCUCCCAGUAGAUUAACUGUUCAUAUUUGGUUAGAGCAGGAGGUUUAGGAGAAGAUAUAGGUUGAGGUGUCAGGCAGUAAUACCUAUUUGUUUUGUACAUGUAUGUACCUAGGAGCUUUGUAACGAGGCAUCUUAAAUAAUAAUAAUUUUUUUUUUUAAUUUGAAAUAUUUUAAACUAAAAACUAUUUCAAUCCCAGUUUCUCAAAUUAAAAAAUUAUGAUACUGAUCUCUCUCUAUAUUUUUUUCUUUUUGAAAGACAUCAUUGGGACCUAUGGGUAACUUUCAAGUGUGAAUCUUGUACAAAUAUUAAAAUGCUUGGGAUCUAAUGAUUUAGAACUAUUAAAUCUUUUGAAUUGAGCAUAUUGUUGAAGGGGAUUUUGGAAGGGCAGUGCAUUGCUCCAUGAUGAAUCUUUCCUUCUCUGCCGUCUGUGCACCACCUUUAAUUUCCAUAUCUUCAAGUCUUGAAGAAGUUGAUGUUAAUUGAAGUAUUCACUUGUCUGGUUGAAAUAAAGCCUGUUUCUGUUGUGAUUUA